ACUCUCUUGACAAUCACUCGAGCAUUCUUCUAAGCAGGCAGAGAGUCAUAUAAAUCAGCUACGAUAUACUGCCACCAAAUAAUACUAAGAUCGUGAAUCACUUAUCGAAACAAACAAGAUACAAAAGCAGACCUACAACCCAAUAUGACCACCCUCGCCUCACCCCAAUUCUCACCCGAAGAGAUCGACCAGAUCAACCGGGACCUGGCUGGAAAGACGCCGCAAGAGAUCCUCACCUGGGCUAUCGACAAUGUCAAGGGACUGUACCAGACGACGGCUUUCGGACUGACCGGACUGGCAGCGCUGGAUAUGAUCUCCAAGAUCUCACUCGAACGUAACGAGAUCCACAUGGUGCCCCUCAUCUUCCUGGACACCCUCUACCAUUUCAAGGAGACCACCGACCUAGCCCAACUAGCCUCCGACACCUACCUCGCCCCCCUCCACACCUACACCCCCCAAAACGCCUCUUCCCCCUCAUCCUUCGAAGCGCAAUACGGCCCCCGUCUCUGGGAGACCGACGAAGACUCUUACGACUACCUCGUCAAAGUAGAACCCGCUCAGCGGGCCUACGAAGAAUUAGGGGUGAAGGCGGUGGUGACGGGCCGAAGGAAGAGUCAGGGAGAAGAGAGGGCUGGGUUGAAGGUGGUAGAGGUGGAUGAGAGGGGGUUGAUCAAGGUCAACCCGUUGAUAGAGUGGAGUUUCGGGCAGGUUAAGGAGUAUAUCGAUAAAGAGAACGUCCCUUACAACCCUCUCCUAGACCAAGGCUACCGCUCAAUCGGCGACUGGCACUCUACAGCCAAACCCGACCCCUCCGCCACCUCGACUUCCAACGGGGACGCCGGCGAACGAGCGGGCAGAUGGCAAGGGAAGAAAAAGUCCGAAUGUGGGCUCCACAAGGAUUAUUUCCAGAUGAAGCGGGCUUUCGAGGAGAAGAGACGGGAGGCGGUCGAGGUUGCUCAGGAUAAUGGGGUGGAUGUGAAGGUGUAAGGUGUGAGGUGCGAGUUUGUGGAUUGGGCGAGUUUGGUCGCACAGGCGGGAUAGGAGAAGCGCGCAGGGAGACGCAGCCGAGAUGAGACGUUUGGGAGGCGUUGUAAGAGAUGUCUAUAGUACCCCUUUGUAUACACUCACUGUCCGGUAUACGAUCAUACUUAUUCCGA